CCCGCUUCCCGCUUGCCCUUCUCCGCUCCCCACGCGUCUCCUCUGGUGGCCGCCUUCGGCGAGUGGAAUUUGUUCCUCACUGGCUCGCUGCAUUCUUCCGCUGCGAGGUGUUGGUGUGGGGAUGGGAUCUGACAGGAUCGGGACGAGGAGGCGGCUGCGAGGUACACGCUCUGGAUGCCGUGUGUGGAUGCGCUCAUUGCCGAGGCCGAGGCCGCUCUUUCUGGAGGCCGACGCCGCUCUUUCUGGAAGAAAUCCAUCGGUGUCAAGAGGGGUGACGUGGACACCUACGUCCUUCAUGUUUGGGCGCUGGAGGGCGACGGGAGGCAUCGAUUCGCCUAGGGGACUGCGGCUGCUAGAAGAGAUGCAGCAAUUGAAAGAUGCACAGGUACUUGAUGAGAUGCCACUAAGUCAAUCUGCUAUCUCAGGUUAUAUUGGAUGUAAUGACUGAAACUAUUCGAGGACAAAUCUUGGAUUGUUGUUGUCGUUGGAAUUUAGAGUUGCAUGGUUGGCAUGGUCAACAUGGCAAAGAAAGUAUAGAAGAUUUGCCAAACCAGGUAUGGGCUUGUAGUACAUCAGGUAAUCAGAUUCUGCACCCAAAUUUAAUUUUACUUGAUUUUAAAUGCUUCUAGGGAGAUGAUGUCGAUAUGCUAGAUUGUGUUGUAGUUUAUGCUUGUCUGGUUAUGCAUAUUUUCUUCCAGAGCGUCACAUUUCCUUUUUGAGAAAUUCUAAUGGUGUAGGCUGAGCAUGGACGUUUGUGCUGCUGUGUGUGUUGAGGUCAAUCUCAGUUUGGUACACAGUAGAGCAAAGGGCGUGGCACUCGCCAAAUAUGGUGUAUGUCGGACUUUCCCCAUUUAUUUUUUCUCACACCAUACAAGAAUUAUACAGCCAGGUGAUCAGCUCAUCGUGGCUUUAAAUGAAAAUAAGUUAGAAAUUAGUUUGUCAAUAGUCACUAGAUACAAAUAUACGCCCUCCGUUUCUAAAUAUGAGUCUUCUUAGAUAUUUCAAUACGGACACAUACGGAUGUCUAUAGUCACUAGAUACAAAUAUACUCACUAAAUUCACUCAUUUUGCUUCGUAUGUAAUUCAUGUAGAAAUGUUUAAAAAGACUUAUAUUAAGGAACAGAGGGAGUACUAUAUUGGGCUCUUUGUUUCAAAAGUUGUUUCUUAUCACGUAUAGAGGUUCAGUAUAGUUUGCAGCUGACAAGAUCCGUAUGACUUGCACUACUUGAUGUUCAUGUCAAGCCACACUUACUGUUAUCACUAAACUGAAAAAUGUCAACUUCCUAAUUAAAUUUACUGAAAUAUUGUGAAACUGAAGCUCUCUGCAGGUAUUAUAUUUCCUGCUCAAUAUGCUCCUGUAUAAAACAUUUUUCUUGACGUGUGAGCAAACUCUGACGGACAAUAUGCUGAUUAACUUUGUUCUAAACUGUUGAAUCGCCAUAGGGGAGAUAGUAGUGUAGUACUGAGGAAAUACAAAGAAUGAUGAUUUAUAGCAUCAGUAGAGUGUGUAGGUAAUUUUGACUGUGGUACGCGAGGUCAUGUAGUUUGUUAUCACUAGAAAUUUUAUGUACCUAUGCUGCUGGCCACUUUUUUUUAUAGAUGCAGUAACUAACCUUUGAAGUGUAUACAUGGUAUCAAAUAUAUCAAGAUUAACAUUAGUUUCCCCUGUUGAAGCUUGUGCAAUUGGAUUUAUGUUGAUCAAGAACUGGUCAACGAUAAAGGAGAACAAGCAUUGUAUUUUGUAUUACUAUUUUUAUACAAACUUUCUUCCCACACCAUUAUGUAAUCUUUCCCUUUUUGGGUUGCAGUGUGGUCUCUGCUAACCAGAUUUUAUAUAUGAUCACUGCUAAAUUACAACAUAAUGCCAAAUGUACAAGUAUCCUUUGCAGAAUUCGAAUGGCCAGCGAUAUCGUAUACGAGUACAGGUGUUGUGAAUCUAUUUGUUUCUGUUGCAUAUGUAAAUGUGAAUGGAAACAUGUGAGAUUUGCGAUCAGCUAAUCCUAGGAGAAAGUAGCAAGCAGAUCAAAGAUAUUGAGUAACGUAUUUAAUUCGUCAAACUAUCAACUUUGAUCUAUCCUAGGAGAAAGUAGCAAGCAGAUCAGACAUGUUGACGUGAGACAUAAGGAUCUUGUAAGUAAAGGGUAUCACAAACUUCACUAACUAGCUCGUCCAGCAA